AUGGCGCAAGUCGCAGCCACUGUCGCGCCCGUUGUGACGCUCGUGAUGGCGCUCAGGGUGCCGGCCACGAAGGACGCAAUAUCGAGCCCCGUACGGCGCCCCGCAUCCCGUCGACGCGGACGCCCUGCUGCCCCGCUUCCCGUCGCCGCGGGCGACCUGCUUCCCGUCACCGCGGGCGACCUCCUUCUCGUCGCCGCGGGCGACCUCCUUCCCGUCGCCGCGGGUGACCUGCGUCCAGUCGCCGCGGGCGACCUGUUUUCCAUCGCUGCGGGCGCCCCACAUCCCGUCGCCGUAGGCGCCCUGCUUCCCGUCGCCGCAGCUUCUGCUGUGGGAGGAGGUGGUGGGGGGAAGGGGGGGGCGGGUUCGCUGCGUGGCUCCCCCCCACCUCCUCUCCUCAUCCCUUUCUCACCUCCCCCUUUGUAA